AUGGACAACGACUUGGCUUUGCUCAAGAUUACCUACGAAGUGUUUGCAACUGGUGGUGCAAUGCGGCUUUCCGUACCACUCCCAAAGUCCACCGAAGUUUUUGCCGAAGGAACUAGCUGUACGAUCAGUGGGUGGGGUCGAAUGGAGAAUGGACUUAAAAGUCCUGUCCUAAAGGAGGCAACCAUUCCGAUAGCGAAUCGUAAGCUUUGCAUCAGGAACUACGCUGGCGCACUGAUAUCCAUCACGGAUAACAUGAUCUGUGCCGGAUUUUUCAACGCUACCAAGGACACUUGCGCAGGUGACUCCGGUGGUCCACUGACUUGCAGAGGAAAGCUGGUUGGUGUAACGUCCUUCGGAAAAGGUUGCUCCGUGAAGAACUACCCCGGACUCUACGCCUCGGUUGCCAAGGCUAGAACUUGGAUCACCGAAGAAACUGGAAUUUGA